AUGUCACAAGAGGCCAACCAACCGCCGUCAGCCUCCGCGCUCAUGGAUCUGCCCACCGAGAUCCUCCUCGGCAUCAUCGCCCAGCUCGGGGCGCGGGACGUCACCGCGCUUUCGGCAACCUGCACCACCAUGACCAACCUUUGCGACCCGGUCCGCUACCGUUGCGUCAGUCUCCGAUCCAGGAGGAAUUGCACCAGCCCGCAGGCUCUCGUGCGGCGACAUGUGUGCCUCCUCCGUGCUAUCCUGCGACGACCCCAUGUGCUCCAGUACAUCAAGACCCUCCUCGUGAAGACGAAAUGGAGGGGUCACGACGGAGGUAGCGCGCGCGCGAGAGCCCUCAUGGUCUUUGAGCAGUCCAGUGGCCCAACGGACAAGGGUAUCAAAGAGUGCCUGCGCGAGAUGCGGCUCCAGGAACCGGAGGCCCUUAGUCUACAUCGAUUGCCUGCGGCAAGCAGGGCACUGGUGGACGUCUGCCUCUCCGAACGCCGGCAGCGCCGGCAGAGGGGCGAAGACGAACGCAACUGGGCCGAGGACUUGGAACAGGCGUGGUCCUCGUCGGAAGAUAUCAAGGCCUUGAUCGCGUGCCUCACGCCCAACCUCAAGACUAUAAACUGGCUUGGGACAUGCAGCUCAGGCAGGUUUUUGAAAACGUUUCGGGAUAAUGUCGACGCUGUGUAUGCAGACCCGCGGUUCAGACAUAUGCUGCAGCAUCUGGUACGCUACCCAUACUUUAAUUUUGGACAAGUGUGCGAGAAGUGCGGGCGGAAUCAUGCCGCGGAAUCAUAG